AUGGUCUUUGUUUUCUCCCCACCUCCCGGAGGAGGAAUACAAGUUUAUCGUGCAGCCAGGGACGGGACGGUCGCUCCUCCGUCCGCGGGCGUCGACUUUCUUUCCUGUAUGGUGGACGUCCUGCUCAACACUUCUUUCUUGGAUGAUAUGGGGGAUCAUUCAAAAAAGAAGUCGGGAAUCGCAAUGUGCGUGGGCUGUGGAAGUCAGAUACACGACCAGUACAUCCUGAGAGUGUCCCCGGACCUGGAGUGGCAUGCUGCCUGCCUGAAAUGUGCAGAGUGCAACCAGUAUCUGGACGAGACUUGCACUUGUUUCGUCCGGGACGGAAAGACUUACUGUAAAAGAGAUUAUGCAAGAUUAUUUGGUAUUAAAUGUGCAAAAUGCGACAUGGGCUUCUGCAGCAGCGACCUGGUGAUGAGGGCCCGGGGAAAUGUUUAUCACAUGGAGUGUUUUCGGUGCUCGGUGUGUAGCCGGCACCUCCUGCCGGGGGAUGAGUUCUCACUGCGGGACGAUGAGCUGCUGUGUCGGGCCGAUCACGGCUUGUUGGUGGAGCGGUCCUCUGCAGGGAGCCCGCUGAGCCCUGGGAACCUCCCCACCAGGCCCCUGCACAUAGCUGAUCCCAUUUCAGUCCGGCAUCCACCUCACCAUCGGAACCACGUCCACAAACAGUCUGAAAAGACCACCCGCGUCCGGACGGUUCUGAACGAGAAGCAGCUGCACACGCUGCGGACCUGCUACAACGCCAACCCGAGGCCGGACGCCCUGAUGAAGGAGCAGCUGGUGGAGAUGACCGGCCUGAGCCCCAGAGUGAUCCGGGUCUGGUUCCAGAACAAGCGCUGCAAGGACAAGAAGAAGUCCAUCCUGAUGAAGCAGCUUCAGCAGCAGCAGCAGAGCGACAAAACAAAUCUGCAGGGCCUGACAGGCACUCCUCUGGUGGCUGGGAGUCCGAUCAGGCAUGACAACACCGUGCAGGGGAACCCAGUGGAGGUACAGACCUACCAGCCUCCGUGGAAAAGCCUCAGCGACUUUGCUCUGCAGACCGAUCUGGACCAGCCUGCUUUCCAGCAACUGGUUUCUUUCUCUGAGUCGGGCUCUUUGGGCAACUCCUCGGGCAGCGAUGUAACCUCCCUGUCAUCCCAGCUACCGGACACACCGAACAGCAUGGUCCCGAGUCCUGUCGACACGUGAUGAGGCAGACGGGUCAGCUGGUGGCCGAACUCUGAGCCUCAUCAUCCCCAUAAAGGAAGCGCAAGGAAGACAUUCAAGGGAACCGGGCUGGAUUAUACUGCAGGAUCCAUCCAUGCAGAUCGGAACUGGGAGGACUGAAGCUCUAAAUGCUUCCUGGAUCCACAAUUGUAGAUGAACACGAGGGGCUUCCUCUUGUAGAGAAAAAAAAAGUCGUGCCAAUAGCUACCUGGAUAUACUGGGAAGGAUGUGAUUGGAUUAAAGCACAUAAGCCAGUGCUGGACGUCUGCGCGUCGAAGAUUCCAGUAUGUUUGUCAGGAAAAUGCAACCUGUGUAGAUGUGCAUGAUCUGUAAGAUUCACUAGACUGAUGUAAAUUAUUGGAUCAGAUGAAAGAGGUGUACCUCUCACCUUUCCUAUCGGAAAAUAAGUUAUUACUAUUUAUUAUGAAGGCAAAUAUAACUGAUCUUAUCAAUAAAACAACUGCUUACUGCAUGCAUAAAAUCAAUUUUGUCGAU